AUGCCUCUCCUUCUUCCUGGCCCUACUUUUACCUCCCGUGGCUCUGUCUCCUCCCAACUCACUCCUCCGACGCUCCAGGCCCAACCCUCUCUCUCGGCUCCAGCCACUGCACCAACCGCUUCCCCUGACCCGCCUCCUUCUAACCCUGCACCACUCUCUGCCGUGUCCGCUCCUCCUCCGAGCUCACCAUCUAUGUCGUCACAUAUCCCUCUAGGUCUGCCUUCUCCUCUCCGCUCUCCUAGCCCGCCAGUCACCCCGCCUGCACCCCCUCAUUCUCGUUUCUCACAAACAUAUUCUAGAGACUCACAUCGCAAAAUUGUUGUUCCGUGUGCUGUCCCUCUGGUGUCCGUAAACCUAAUCCUAAAUAUGCGCAUCAUGCAUUGA